UUCAGCUAGUUUGCGUCAAGCACCUUGUUUGCGUUGCUACGCAACCAGUCAACAAUACACAACUCAUCGGGGGGGACCAGACUCAGAGAUGUCGUCCAAUUUCUCAGCAAACCAGUAUGAAGGAGCCUUCAAAUCGCAGAGGCUGCAGAACUGGUGUCAGCCCAAGCACUUCAAAGAGAGGGGCGGGGCGUGGCCGGACUUUAAAGGCACCUGGGAGCUGCCCGCCCGGAUCCCGGCAGGCCGCCUGGACCCCACGGCCCGCUCUGCGGAGGGCCUGAACAGGCUCAGGACCUGGGGGCUGUGGCCCGAAACGGCCACAGCCCGCCGGGCCCCCAAAGCUGAACCACACCUGCUCAGAUAAACCCGCCCGCCCGGAUGCUUCCCAUGAGAAAAAAACAAGACGUUCGUUUACCUGAUUACAGCCCGGGGGGAAGAACUCCUCCUCCUCCUCCUCCUCCUCUUCCUCUGUCUGUCUCUGCUUACUGUCAGCUCACUGUUAGGCCAGAGGGUCCCGGUCUGAGGAGAAACACAGCGGAACAAAAGCACCUUUCAGAGUGUUUAUCCGUCAGGUUUAUGGCGUUUGCGUCUGACUGGUGUGACUGGUGUUUCCCCCAAACGGGGACAUCUUAGUCCUCAGGGGACUUCUGGAAUCUGACAGAACAAAAGCUGAUAAUGCAUCAAAGUUGGUAUGUUUGUUCAAACUCUGUUAAAAAAACCCAACAACAUUUAAAAUCCCACAGCUUUAAAAUGCUGGAAGAUUUUUGAACGUUUGGCGUUUCUGG